UAAUUUUAAGCAUCCUUAACAUUUUUUGAAACUUGACAUUGUUUGAAAACUAUGGUCUUUUAAUCCAGAGUAUAUUUUUUCUGAGGGGGAAGAGCUAUUAUACUACUCUUAAGGUGGUAAGGAUGUAAAUAAUGAUCGAAAAAAAAUAUUUUGUGAAAUUUUUUUUUAUGGUGGAUUUUCACCCUUUGAUAUGUCUAUUUUCAUGCAACUAACAUUGGAAACAAUAAAAAAUAUUUCUUGGUCCAUAUUUACACUUUAAAACACUGUAAGGUAAUAUCAGAGUCCAUAGCAACGUACCUAGUUACCGUAAACAGAAGUUUAUUCUUUAUUUUCCUAUCAUAAUAUGUGCCUUAUUUUACUCAGUACAUUCACAUGGAUGUAUCUGCAAUCUUUAGCGGUCUAAAUAUCAUAUUUUGAAGUCACAAACGUUACUCAGACAGAUAAAUAAGCUGAUUGAACAUUUUAUACUUUAUAUUAUUUACAAAAAUUUGUUCUUUAGAGAACCGUAUGUCUUUGAAUUUAGACUGUUUUAAUAAUUAAUACAAUGGAAUUUCAUGAAGAUAGUAGUAAAAAUAAGAAUAUAAAUAACACAUCAAAAAGUAAAAAAGCAAAAAAAGAAAAUGGAAUGGUAUUGUUUCAAAACAACCAAAGUUUACUGUGACACCUUGUGUUAUUGGUGAAUCCUUUCAAUCAUCCUCAGCAAAAAAGAUUUCUUAUACUGUUGAUCAGUUUAACUCAGAGGGUUUGGUUGAUAAUAUUGAAGACUUUUUCUUAUUUCUUCAUUUUAAUGUGUUAGCAAAUAUUUGUCGUGAACUUAUAUCAUGUCCUGAUUGUGUUGCUAACGUUGUUGUUAUUGAUCAAUAUUUAAAGCGAAUGGGUUUUGCACAUUGUAUUCUUAUAAAAUGUUCAAUAUGUGAUUGGAUGAAACCUUUUUAUACAUCUCCUAAGACUUCCUACAAUCUAAAAAUUGAUUUUAGAGGUCGCAAAACAUUUGAUGUAAAUGCCCGAGCUGUAAUUGGUUUUCGGGAAAUAGGUUGUGUAUUUUCAUUUAUGCAGAAAUUUUCCUCUAUCAUGAACUUGAAGUACAUGGCAUCAUUCUCUUUUAAACUGUUGAACAAGAAAUUAAUGACAGCCUACAAAAAUGUUGCAGAGAGUAGUAUGAAACGUGCUGCUGAAGAAGCUCAAAAAAUAGAUUUAGCAGAUAACAUAAAAUGUGUACGUGUUUCCAUUGACGGUUCCUGGCAAAAAAGAGGACAUGCCUCUUUGCAUGGGGUAGUAACUGCGAUAUCAGGUGAUAAGUGUUUGGAUAUGGUAGUAAAGUCAAAGCACUGCUUUGGAUGCAAAAUGUGGGAGAAUAAAAAAGGUUCACUUGAAUAUGAUAAGCUUGAAUGCGUUGGACAUGCGCAGAAACGAUUAGGAACCCGAUUACGCAACCUUGUUAAAUCUUACAAGGGUACAAAAACUCCUGUCUCUGAAAAAGGUCAACUGACGGAUAAAUGUAUUGAUUCCAUGCAAAAUUAUUAUGGUAUGGCAAUUAGAUCAAACCUUUCCAAUGUUUAUGCUAUGAAAAAAGCCAUAUAUGCAAUACUGUUUCAUUUCACAAACACAAAUGAUCCGCUUGAGCGUCAUAAAUUUUUCCCUCGAGAUACCAACAGCUGGUGCAAGUACUGUUCCAAGUGCCAAAAGGAAUAUAAACCCUCCAAUACAAUCUCUUUUUGGAUAAAGAGUCUUCUUCUACCGAUUUUUAAGGAUUUAAUGGAUGAAAAUUUGUUAAAAAAUGUGUGCAUGGAAAAUCCAGAAUGCAAAAGAGGCCCUAAAUGAACUGAUAUGGUCAAGGUUACCAAAAACUGUAUUUGUUGGCAGAGAAACCAUAGAAAUGGGUGUAAAUUCAGCUAUUAUUCAUUUUAAUGAUGGACGCAAAGGAAUAUUGAAGGUUUUAGAACACAUUGGUUUGAAAGGGCAAAUUUCAAAGGCAACUGCAACAAAUUUAGAUAAUUCACGCAUUAAGCGAAUGGAAAAGAAGUUCACGACUGCAGAAAAAAAGCAUAGAAAAAGAUUGCGAACCAGAAAAAAAGGAUUUUUUGAUAAAAUGAAUGAAAAAGAAUCUGUAGAUUCAUAUCAAACUGGUGCUUACUGAGGAGAUUAUUUAUUUAUACUUAUUUUUUUAACAUUUUAUUUUUGUUUUGCAUUUUUCUCUGUUUUCAAUUUUUUGCAUACUUGCUAUAACUCAAAACAUGAUAACUCGAGAUAGAGUUAAGCAUUUAACUUGAAAUUUUCAAUUUGUGUUUAAUAUGAUCUAAUACUCCGGAUGACCCAUGGGUUUUAC